GCGGAAUCGUAACCUGUAGUGCAAACAGCCUACGUCAAGGCGAGAAAGUACAUGCUGCUACGUCACAACUGGUGAUUUGACGGGUGGGGAGCUUUAGAUUUGUUCCACACAGGCCUUAUGAGGAUAGGCUAUCCUGUAGUAGUAGUGUGUAUUAUCCUUGACAACGCGAUGCCCGGCCGGCAAUUUUUUUGUUGUUGGGUUUUUCUGGUGCUUCGGCUUCCUACUUAGUGCUUACCGCUUGUGUGUGUGUGCUUGUUGCCUCGUGGUUUGUUUUUUAGUGAAUACCAAAUACUUAAGGACCACCACGAUGACAUCAGUUCCUGACUCGAUCGACCCCAGGGCUCGGGAGAUGAUACCAAAAUGCAAAAUUCUAGUGAUAGGGGCUGGCGGAAUCGGCUGUGAAGUUUUGAAAAACUUGGCUUUAUCUGGAUUCAAGGAUAUCGAAAUAAUUGAUCUGGACACCAUCGACGUCAGCAACUUAAAUCGUCAAUUUCUCUUCAGAAAAGAGCAUGUUGGAAAACCAAAAGCUAUUGUGGCUAGAGAGAGUAUUUUAGCUCAUAGUCCUGAUAUUCAGAUCAAGGCUUAUCAUGACAGUAUUUUAAGCUCGGAUUAUGGGCUUAAUUUCUUCAGAAAAUUCAACCUUGUAUUGAACGCCCUCGACAACAGAACUGCUAGAAAUCAUGUCAACAGAUUGUGCUUGGCCGCUGAUUUACCUUUGAUUGAGUCUGGUACUGCUGGCUAUUCUGGACAAGUGGAAUUUAUUAAAAAAGGUAUUACUCAAUGUUACGAGUGCCAGCCAAAAGCAACAGAAAAAACGUUUCCUGGUUGUACUAUCAGAAACACUCCCUCUGAACCAGUACAUUGUAUUGUAUGGUCUAAGCAUUUAUUCAAUCAACUAUUUGGUGAAGAAGACCCUGAUCAAGAUGUAUCUCCUGACAUGGAAGAUCCGGAAGCUAAGGUUGAAGGGCAAAUCAGUGAAACCGAUACUGGGAAUGUCAAAAGAUUAUCCACUAGGGAAUGGAUAAAAGAAAUUGAUUAUGAUCCUGAAAAGUUGUUCAAUAAGUUCUUUUUUGAUGAUAUUAAUUAUUUAUUGAAAAUGGCAAAUUUGUGGAAGACACGUACCGCACCUAAACCACUUUUAUACAAGGAUGCUGAAAAAAUGACCAAACAAGAAAAAGUACAAGACAAUGUAACAAUUCGAGAAAUGCAAUUGUUGCCUAUUGCCGAAUAUGUACAGAUGUUUAGAGACAGCGUAGCCACUCUAAAGCAGCAGCUAGAUAACAAGAAUCACCUGGUUUGGGAUAAAGAUGACAACAUAGCUGUAGAUUUUGUAGCUGCGUGUACUAAUAUACGAGCUCAAAUUUUUUCUAUCGAACCCAAAUCACGGUUUGAUAUCAAAUCGAUCGCCGGCAAUAUUAUUCCAGCUAUAGCUACUGCCAACGCGAUUACCGCUGGCCUAGUUGUUCUCUUCGCUUUCCGAUUACUUGUUGAACAAUACGAAAAAUGCAAUUUUGUCUAUUUGAGACCAAAAUCAAUUCAUUCUAGGAAUAUUUUGGCUGCAGAUACAACCCUACCAAAGGCCAAUCCGAAUUGUUAUGUAUGCAGUCCAGAACCGUUUGUGAACGUUUUCGUUACAGUGGAAAAAAUGACAGUUUUAGAAUUUGAAUCUGAAGUUCUCAAAAAACAUUUGAAUAUGAUCGCCCCAGAUGUGGUUUUGGAUGGUAAAGGAGUUGUAGUUAUUUCUUCUGAAGAAGGAGAAACUGAGGUGAAUAAUUCCAAAUCUCUCUCCGAACUUGGCAUUGUAGACGGAAGUAUUUUAAAAUGUGAUGAUUUUGUCCAAAAUUAUAGUCUAACUGUGGCUAUUAAUCAGUACAAUCCACUGGAAAAAGAUGAUCCUAUAUUCAAAGUUGUGGCCAAUCCUGAGGACUUGAAAGCUAAGGAGGAAGAAGUUAAAAAUAGCAAAGAAGACACUACUUCUGUCCCUGAAAAGGAUCCGGUUAAAGUUGGCAUUUCACAGAUCGAUAUUAAUUCUGAAGAUCCUCAAGAAGGUCCUUCUUGCAAAAAAAGAAAGAUUGAAUACGCUGAAGCUGAAGACAGUGAUGACGACCUGACUGAAGUUCCCGUUACUAUCCCAAUGAGCCCCUAAUGGCAAUAAUUGUUCUCCUAUAAAGGAUUUUCUGAUCCUGCAUGUAGCAGUUUGUUUUGUUUAAUGUAGGAUGUUAGAAAAUAAGUUGAUAAGUAGAGUAACGCGCCCUGCUCAUUUGAGCAUAAUAUCUAUUUAAUUCAAUAAUUUAUCUUUCAUAAAAGGCUUUCUUGUCCCACAGGUAGCAGUUUGUUUUGGUUAAUCGUAGAUGUGAGAAAAUAUAUUUGAGCAGGAAUGUGGAGGCACGCCUCUGCUUUGAGGUCUUCAAGGCAAGGCAACAAAUAUAAAACAUUCACACCGAUUGUCUUGUGAGUCCACAUUCAAUUUUAUGCUCAAAUGAGUAUGUGGUUUGAGCUUUUUUAUUUGAUUUUUUUUAUGUAUUCAUCAUUACUACUCUUAGACUUUAUUUUUCUAUUUUCAGUAUUCAAUAAAAUAAUUAAUUUUU